UUGGAGCGCGCGGUCUUGGCGGUGAUGCCGAGCGGGGUGUCGGGGGAGCCGCUGCCGCUGUGGCGGUUCAGGGCUUGCGCCUGCGCCGCUCGCUGCUGCCUGCUGGCCGUUGCCGUGGCGACCGCGCUGGGCGGCCUGGCGCUGUGGUCGUGCCGCCGCCAGCUGCUGCUCUGGCUGGAGGGUCAGCAGCUGCGGGCCGGCCUGCUCCUCUUCAGCGCGGCCUUCAUCGUCAUCUCCUUCCCCUGGACCUGGGGCUACACGCUGCUGAGCCUGGCCCCGGGCUACCUGUACGGCUUCCAGCUGGGGCUGGCGGUGCUGGUCUUUGGGGCGGCGGUGGGCACCCUGGCAGCUCAUCUGGUCACCCAGCGCUGGCUGCUGGCACCCAUGGGUGCCCUGAUCAGAGGCAACGCCAAGCUCAGUGCCAUCAUCCGAGUGCUGGAUGGCACCGGUGGCCUUAAGGUGGUCUUCCUGGCAAGGCUGACGCCCAUCCCCUUUGGACUCCAGAAUGCAGUCUUCGCAAUCAGCAAGUUGGAAACGCUGCAGUAUUUGGCCACCUCCACUGUGGGUCUAUUACCCUCCCAGAUACUCAACUCUUACCUGGGCAGUACUGUCAGGACCUUGGAAGAUGUGGUAAAUCAUCAAAGUCCAGAGGGCUACUUAGCAUUUGUAUUACAGAUUUUCAUCAGUGUUGCCAUGAUGUUAUACUUAGUGCGUCGAGCUCACCAGGAACUGAAUAAGACCAUCCAGGCCCAUGAUGCCAAGCAGCCUGAGGAUGAAGCUGUUCCAGACAAUGACAAGGAAACACACAGUACCAAAAGAGCCAACAUUCCACCUGAUAUGGACUUUGUGUGACCAACAAGCUUGAACGUGUUGAGCUGAAGCAUGAAGGCAGAUGACCACUGAGUGUGGAAAGGGGAUAGGAGAAGUCCGAGGUAGCAUACAUCCCCAUAGCUAACAUGCUCGGUAUCGUCAGCCCAUGGAUUACUGACUGGACCUGGCACAGAUAGUAGAGAGUCCAGUUAUGAAGGUGGGGAGUGGAGAAGGGCCUGUGGGUAUGGCCAAUAUGUGCUUCACAAACCUUGAAAUGAUAGCUUCUGGAUUGCUGUUGUAGAAGAUGGCCAAAGUUUAUCGCACUUUCCCUGAAAUGCCAACAUAUUGCUAGUCUUGUCAGCUGGGAUUUGCACCCAGUAUUGGGAGUGGUCAGUGUUAUGGCUGGUUCUGGAGUCUGUACUGGCUUUGGCCAAUGGGGAGUUGCCUGCUGGAGCAGGAGAAGCUCUGCUGACACGGUUAUUAAAUUCAUUGAGGGCUUAGGGAAGUGCACACCCAAUGCUAUCGGGCCAAAGACAUGCCUGGCUCAGCUUGUCAGUGCCUUACUCUUAGCUGUGAGUACUGGAGCUAAAUUUGAGUGGUGGGCUUCAGAUGUUUGGGAGAACCUGUUAAUGGUGCCUGGCUGGUUUCAUCUGGAUUUAAAUCCAAAGCACAAGAACUGCCUUAAUGCUGCUCUCAAGUGACAAUCUUGAUGAGAUGAUCAAUCGACUGCUGUGGACAAUAGAAGACAGUUCAUGAGGGAUAGCUGCUCUUAUAUCUAACUCAGAUAUGAGGCUUACUAAGUGGGACAGUGGAAAGGGAGCUUUAUUCUCUCCCUAAGCACUCCAGUCUGUGCCGUGCAGAACUGGUUUCUAAGCACUUCUACCCAUUCACUUAUCUAGUCCAGAUCUGUUUUCUCAAUAUUCCAAUGCAGAUCUCUUUAUAUAUUUUUUAAAAAAUCUCCCUCUCAUUUGCUGAUGACCUAAUUUCUAACGUGUUGAAGAAUAGCUUCUCAUACACUGUGUGUACAGGGCAUGCAGUGGAAAUUAAGUAAUAAAUUAAAAUAUCUGCAGUCUGUUGUUGAAACAACCAGUAAUGAAGGUUUAAUUUACAUAAUGAUGCACAGGAUCGUUAUAGAGCUUGCAAUAGGGUUAAUGCCUGAAACCAUUUCUAGACUCUGCCAUCGAUUGGGAGAUGUUGUUUGGAGCAUUUAUCCUACGCUUCCAUAAAUCUGGUUAAAAACUUAGCAGAAAUAUUGCUCCUGUGAACGUGCCUGACAUCUUUCU